GUGUCUCGUGACGUGGAGUGUUGCCUUGGCACUCUCUCUCUCUCCUCUCUCUACAAGCUGCAAAAAGCCCACACUUCUUCCCUCCCCUCCCCCUCCCUCGCUUUAGAGAGAGAAAGUUUAGAGAGAGAAAAUGCAGUUCUGAAAUUUCUUCUUACUCAGGUGAGUAUUGUUUCUAGUGUUUGGCCAUGGGCAACUGUGAAGAGACAACGGCUUGUAAGCCAGAAAAACCAUCUUCACCACCUCCACCACCUGUAACUGAGCAUCAGCAGACGAGUGUUCAUGCAUAUCCCGAUUGGGCAGCUAUGCAGGCUUAUUAUGGGCAUAGCAUGGCUGUACCACCAUACUUCAACUCGGGUCAUCCUCCUCCAGCUUAUAUGUGGGCACCACCACAGGUAAUGCAUAUGAUGCCACCUUAUGCUGCAAUGUAUCCACAUUAUCCACAUCCUGCAGGAGUUCCUCUUGCUAGUCCAAUGAGCAUUGAUUCUCCUGCCAAGUCAUCAGGGAACUCUGAGCGUGGCUUGAUGAAGAAGUUAAAAGGAUUUGAUGGGCUGGCAAUGUCGAUAGGCAAUGGGAUUUCUCACAGUGGGGAUACCGAAGCUUCUAGCCAAGGAAGUGAUGGCAAUACCGAUACUAGGAAAAGGAGCCGUGAAGUGUCUCCAGCAGCUGAAGCUGGAAAGAUAAGCGGUCAUUUUUUUCAUAAAGAACCAAAUGGAGUGACUGCUCUUACUGUUGUUACCUCUGACUCAGAAAUUAAGAAAUCUCCCACUGCAGUUACCAUGAUGACAUCAGCAACUGCUGCCAUGAUGCCCAACCAAGCUCAACAGCAGAAUGAGCGAGAACUGAAAAGGGAAAGGAGAAAGCAGUCUAAUCGCGAAUCUGCCAGGAGAUCUAGAUUAAGGAAACAGGCUGAAGCUGAAGAACUGGCGAUAAAAGUUGAUGCACUGACUAGUGAAAAUCUGACCCUUAAGUCCGAGAUUAACCGACUCACUGACAACUCACAGAAACUCAAGCUUCAAAACGCCAAACUAACUGAAAAACUGAAAAACGUGCAAGAAGAAAAUGACACAGAAGAUAAGAGUGUGUCCCUGAGCACGGCUAACCUCCUGUCAAGGGUGGACAGUUGUACUUCUGAGGAAGGUGGAAGUGGAAAUGAUGAUGAAGAAGAAAUGGUGUACACAAGUAGUAGUAACAACAACAAUAACCAAAACUCUAAUGCUACCGCAAAGCUGCGUCAACUCCUGGAUGCUAGCCCACGGGCUGAUGCUGUUGCUGCUGGCUGAAUGCUUCCUCAUCAUCAUCAUAAUCAAAUAACCAAAUAUAUAUAUAUAUAUAUAUAUAUAUAUAUAUAUAUAUAUAUAUAUAUAUAUAUAUAUAUAUAUAUAUAUAUAUAUAUAUAUAUAUAAGUAUCCUACUGUUUGCUUUAAAAAAAAAAUCUAAUUAUAUAUAUGUGAUUUUGGCGUCAUUUUGAAGCUGAAAUAACUUACUAGUGCUAACACUACUAGAUAAUGAUGAUAAGAUGAAACAAAUUGGAAUUGGAUUUCUAGAUUUAUGUCCGGUUGUGCUUUGUGGUGAGCCUGAAACGUGUUUUUAGUUUCAGUGUUUGCUUCGAAAUUGGCCACCGACACGUUAUCUUAAUUAUUAACAUCUCAAUAGAUAAAGACAUGUACAUUUAUUAUUGAGAUGAGAUGGGUGUUUUAAAAAUAUGUUUGUGUAAUAUAUGAGCAUGGUUUUUUCUUGUUUUA